AUGGGCGAGAGGGUGAGCCAGUCGUGUGGCCGGGCCUCGUUCGAAGUCGGCACCCUAGCUUCUCAGAGAGCACUGCCUAGCUAUCAUUUGGAUAGCAGUUUGAAACCCUUCACCUACCCGUUUCCAGAGACAAGGUUUCUUCAUUCAGGAUCUAAUGUGUAUAAAUUCAAAAUCAGAUAUGGCAGCAGAGUCAGAAGGCAAGAUAUAGAAAAUAAGGAAGUCAUCGUCCAGGAGCUGGAGGACUCUCUUCGUGUGGUCCUGGGAAACCUGGACAACCUGCAGCCAUUUACUACAAAACACUUCAUUGUGUUUCCCUAUAAAAGCAGAUGGGAGAGAGUGUCCCACUUGAAAUUCAGACAUGGGGAAAUCGCCUUGGUCCCCUAUCCAUUUGUUUUGACUCUGUACGUGGAGAUGAAAUGGUUUCAUGAGACUCUGUCACCUGGAAAACCCAUAAACGACAGUGCUCUUGGGUUGGUCCUAACUGAGCGGGAGGCAGCAGGAGCCAUGAGGAAGAAGCGGCAACACACGGAAGUGUCCAGCUCUCCCAGCAGGCCCGGGCUGGACAGGGCCAAAGUGAGGACUUCCAGCCAAGGUCCCAGCAAAAAGAAGCUCCUCGUGGAAACCAGCAGGAACCCGGAAACAAAAACCCAGCAGGAAUGUCAGGAGACCUCAGCAUUUGGUGUCACUGAUGUCCAGGAACAGGAUUCUAGGUGGGAGGACAGCCAGGCAGGGGACAUUAUCCUGCCAGGGCAGCAGAGCAGUCCGUCUCCACCCAAAGGACCCGCAGACCUGGGGACCAGCGGCUUCUUCGGGUUUUUAAGCUCUCUCUUCCCGUUCCGGUAUUUCUUCAGAAGGAGCAGCCAGUGAGCCUUCCAGAGGUGGCGGUGGCGAGUGCCCUCCCCCAGUGACUGUCCUCUGCUCGCCCCAGACUCCCUAAGUCCCCUAGUUGGUUUGCCCUGUCCUUUACCCCUUUCCAGUGAAAUGGUUUUGUUUUUUUCAACUUAAAACGCUAGAAAAAGCAUGGAACUUUCUAAAAUGUUCUAGUUUGAGAAUUGUACUGUUCUGAGGUUCAAUUUAGGUCUUUCAUCUCUAGCACUUA